GCUCCCGGAAGCGCGGCGGCGGUGGCGGUGGUCCGGCCCGGGGAGCUCGACGGUGCGCUGAGGGGCGACGGCGGCUCUGCCCGCCCGGCGGCGGCGGCCAUGACGAACUUCAUCUCGGUGCAGCUGAAGAARGCCUCGGAGGUGGACUUGGCCAAGCCGCUGUGCAAGUUCAUCCAGCAGAGCUACCCGAGCGCCGAGGCGCAGGCCGAGCACUGCCGCGCCGCCGAGGAGCUCAGCAGGCUCCGCAAGAGCGCGCUCGGCCGCCCGCUCGACAAGCAUGAGAGCGCACUGGAGACCCUCCUCAGAUACUAUGACCAGCUGUGUUCAAUUGAGCCAAAGUUUCCAUUCUCUGAAAAUCAGGUCUGUGUAACAUUUACGUGGAAAGAUGCUUUCGAUAAAGGAUCACUUUUUGGAGGAUCUGCCAAAUUGGCUCUGGCAAGUUUGGGAUAUGAGAAGACCUGUGUUUUAUUCAACUGUGGAGCAUUGGCAAGCCAGAUUGCAGCAGARCAGAAUCUGGAUAACGACGAAGGACUAAAAGCUGCAGCUAAGCACUAUCAGUUUGCUAGUGGUGCUUUCCAACACAUUAAAGACACAGUUUUGUCAGCCUUGAAUCGAGAACCUACAGUGGACAUCUCUCCAGACACAGUUGGGACUCUCAGUCUUAUUAUGCUGGCUCAAGCCCAAGAAGUUUUUUUUUUGAAAGCAACAAGAGAUAAAAUGAAAGACGGUAUCAUAGCUAAACUAGCAAAUCAAGCUGCAGAUUACUAUGGUGAUGCUUACAAACAGUGUCAAUAUAAAGAUACUUUGCCCAAGUAUUUUUAUUUCCAGGAGGUGUUUCCUGUUCUGGCUGCAAAACACUGCAUUAUGCAAGCCAACGCAGAAUAUCAUCAAUCUAUCCUGGCAAAACAACAGAAGAAGUUUGGUGAAGAAAUUGGGAGGUUACAGCAUGCAGCAGACUUGGUGAAAACAGUGGCAUCUCGCUAUGAUGAAUAUAUAAAUGUUAAAGAUCUGGUUGACAAAAUCAACCGUGCACUUGCAGCUGCCAAAAAAGACAAUGACUUCAUUUACCAUGACCGCGUUCCUGACCUGAAAGAUUUGGAGUCCAUUGGAAAAGCCAGUCUUGUGAAGUCUACUCCAGUUGUUGUUCCACUCAGUCAGAAAUUCACUGACCUGUUUGAGAAGAUGGUUCCAUUGCAAGUGCAGCAAUCUGUGAGUGUUUAUAACCAGAGGAAGGCAGAUCUGGUGAACAGGUCAAUAGCCCAGAUGAGAGAAGCCACAAAUCUAGCAAAUGGUGUGUUGGCUUCCCUCAAUCUUCCUGCUGCUAUUGAAGACGUGUCUGGGGAUACYGUUCCUCAGUCUAUUUUGAACAAGUCUAAGUCUGUGAUUGAACAGGGGGGAAUUCAGACUGUAGAUCAGCUGAUCAAAGAUCUGCCUGAACUGCUGCAAAGGAAUAAAGAAAUUUUAGAUGAAUCUCUGAGAUUACUAGAUGAAGAAGAAACUACAGACAAUGACCUGCGAACAAAAUUUAAAGAACGYUGGCAGAGAACACCAUCCAACGAACUCUAUAAGCCUUUGAGGGCAGAGGGAGCCAAUUACCAUAAUAUUUUGAAUAAAGCUAUGCAAGCAGAUGGGCAGGUGAAAGAGCGCUAUCAGACUCACCGGGAUACGAUUGCACUUCUGUGUAAGCCAGAGGCAGAACUCAACGCAGCCAUUCCUUCUGCCAACCCAGCAAAAACAUUACAGGGAAAUGAGGUUGUAAAUGUCUUACGAACUUUGCUGGCCAGUCUGGAUGAAGUUAAGAAGGAGAGAGAACAACUGGAAAAUGACUUGAAAUCUGUAAAUUUUGACAUGACAAGCAAAUUCCUGACUGCACUUGCACAGGAUGGUGCUAUAAAUGAGGAGGCUAUCUCUGUGACUGAGCUGGACAGRAUUUAUGGAAGUUACACACAGAAAGUGCAGGAGUCCCUAAAAAAGCAGGAAGAACUUCUCAAAAACAUUCAGAAUGCACAUCAGGAUUUUUCAAAGAUGAAACAAUCAAACAAUGAAUCUAAUUUAAGAGAAGAAGUCUUGAAGAACUUAGCUGUAGCAAAUGACAACUUUGUGGAACUCGUAGCCAAUUUAAAAGAAGGAACAAAGUUUUACAAUGAGCUGACGGAAAUCCUGCUGAAAUUCCAAAACAAGUGCAGUGACAUUGUCUUUGCUCGCAAGACGGAAAGAGAUGAACUGCUCAAAGAUUUGCAGCAAAGCAUUGCCAGGGAGCCCAGUGCUCCCUCCAUUCCACUGCCUGCGUAUCAGACGACUCCAGCAGCRGGAAGUAAGCCAGCAGCAUUGCCGACUCCCACUCCAGCCCCAAGAACCAUGGUGGGGGGUAAACCACAGCCACCAGCACGGCCACCACCACCAGUGAUUUCUGCGGCAAGCAGUUCCCCUUCUGCRUUAGCACCCUCUGGAACAGCUGCAGCUCCUGCUGCUCCGACUCCUACUCCAGGUGCCAGUGCACCCGCAGCGGGGACUGCACCUUCACAGGCACAGGGACCACCUUACCCAACUUAUCCCGGUUACCCAGGGUAUUGCCAGAUGCCAAUGCCCAUGGGCUAUAAUCCGUACAUGUACGGUCAGUAUAAUCUGCCCUAUGCACCCUCACCUGUGUAUCAGAAUCCUGGACAACCACCAUAUCCGCCACCUCAACAACCUGGAUACCCUUUUCCUCAACAGCCUUAUUACCCUCAGCAAUAAAGUCUCUGCAAAGAAGCUCUGCUUGUUAAAAUUUGGGAGAAAUUGGCAAURAGUGUACUAAAACUUCUAGCUUUGGUUAGUGUACCAUACUGAACUGUUUGCAGCUAUAAUUCCUGUCUCUUGUUAACUGCUCCAAAGUGUCUAGAUCAGUUUUUAUUACACUAAACUCUUUGAAAGAUCUACUGCAGUGGUUUAGAYCAUAGACUAAUGCCAGAAUUCGAGCCUAAUUCAGCAGUCUGAAGCUGUACACUACAUUUUGGUUAGACCAAAAUAUUUGUUUGCAAAAAUUCUGUAAGUAAUAAAUAGGUUCAGAUGAGAAAAAUAAAGCAGUGUGUGCACUGGGUGUGAUAUAUUCUACAGAACCAUAUAGCAUUUUCUUCUAUACUCUAUUGGUUUGUAUUUUUUUUUUAGUUUAGUUAAAAUAUGCUAUUUUGUCUAUUAAUCAAGGCCUUGUAAAUCAUCAGUAAAAAGAAAUAAAUUACUUAAGAAYGGUUUAAACACUUGGCAUUCUCAUUACCAUCAAAAUGUGUUUUGUGUGUCUGUAGAUUGUUUCAUUUGUCCCUUGACUUUCAGAACAGAAAGAAAUUCUCAAGAGUUUAGCCUUACAAGUGAAUUUUCUUGAUUCUGUGUUUUUGUGACAGAAUCUGUAAUUAACCAUUUAAGUGUUGGUAGAUGAAGUCUUACAGGUAGAGUUUUCACAUAACUUUGAAGUGUGUCGGACUGAAAUACAUUCAUUACCAUUU